AUGUUUGGUGGUAUACGGGGGCAAGAGGUUGUCAAAGCAUGCUCUGUUCUUGGAUCCAAUCUUCAGAAGAAACUGGAGGAUGCUUUGAAAGUGUUGCUAGAGCACUUUGCAAAUCCUAAUGCCGAAACAGAAGAUGGUGUUGGUGUUGAUGUGAAUGUUACAGCUGGUGGAGCAACUCCACUGCACAUUGAUGUUGACAUUGGGAGGUCAUUGAGGAAUUGGAACAACAAUUUCUAG